AUGCCGAAGUGGGACAAGAACCGCGAUUAUUACGCGGACCUUAGUUUACCUGCAAAUGCUUCCACAGAGGAGAUAAAAAAGCAGUUCAGAAAACUAGCUUUAAAGUAUCACCCAGACCGAAACCCAGGCAAAGAAUCCGAAGUGAACUCGAAAUUCCAAGUCAUCCAGUCUGCCCAUGAGAUCUUGACAGAUGACACAUUAAGACGCCAAUAUGAUGAUGCUCGCAAGGCUUUCAAUUCGCGCUUUCCCAAAGCGUCCGGUGUCCGAGGCAAUCCGUGGCAAGAUGUUGGCAAGCAGUGGGCACCGCCACCUACACGACACCCUCAAACAUCCCCAAGCAAGCCUGCUUCGGGUGCCCAGCGUUAUGCUAGCUUUGCUAGCUUUGCUAGCAGCAUGGGUCGGCCGCCUAAGCCUCCUCCUAGAGAGGAUCCCCAAACACGAAAAGCUUAUGCGGAUGCUUUCGAAAACAUGAGACCCAGUACAGCCCGACGACCUGUCCCUGGACGAGCGCCAACUUCUGCAGCUCGGGAUACGAAGACGGCUGAUCCGGAUGCCUCAUCUCGUAGAUCAGCUUUCCAGCAACAGAAGGCCGAAGCCUCCUUCGGCAAUAGUAACAGACGAAAUGGAUAUACCCCCCACUCACCAGGAAUGGCCGACGAGCCUCCUGUUACGAACAAGAAUUACUUCACUACCCGAACACACUCGACCCUAUACAAUGAAGUAACUCCAGAUGUUCCCACGUCGUCGAUUCCUCCGGACCCGCUUGCCCAGUUUAGGGAGAAAGUCUGGGACAAACGUCAGAGUACCCCAUACCAUACUCCUGGCGGCGAAAAGACAAGCUUGUUUGAUGACGGCCCAAGUAUUGGUCGUACUACUAGCACACGAGCGGCGCGAACACCAGAGGUGCCCGGAUCGUUUCCAGGUACAAGACCUCGAAGCUCCAGUACACCUAAAAGCUCAAGCAACGAUGCGGAAUCCGAAGAUUCAACCAAGGUUGAUAAGACUACCGUCCCAAAAGCUAACAGUACUGCCUACCAGUCUCGAGUUAAGGAACGAUAUAAGCCAAAGUCCGAACAGAACGACAACACUCCGGAACCUCAACCGACGAAUACUGCAAACCCAUCGAAUGCGUCUGGAAAUGCUGCCAAUUCUACAACAGAUGGAUUUACAGCACAGGCCAGUAACGGCCCCUCAGUGUAUGCUAUAUCAUCUCAGACUUCUGUCAAAUCUACCAAAACCCAGCAGCAGCACGUUAGCGGCGUUGCAUCUGACCACACGAAGCACGCCGUGAAACGAGCCCAUGAUUGGGUUUUUGGCUCUCCUUAUUCCACCACCCAUCACCCUCCCAGUGGAGGAGUCAAGCCAAGUUACAACGGGCUAUCACACUUUGAAGAGGUUCAGAGAAGUGAUCUCGACCGUCUUAUCAGCAGUCGAUCUCGGGAUAAUAUUCGGUGGAAGAAGAGUCAAACCUCGCAUAGCACGAAUCCUUCAACAAUCAAGAAUCCCAAGAUCAGUACUGAUGAUAUAUAUUCUAGCUUCAACUUCUCGGGGAUUCACGAUGUACAUGGCAAACGUGCUAACACGGAAGGGCUUGCCAGACACAGCUCCGACAAUAUUAACACUAGGUUUGUUCAAGAUGAAGUGCCGGAAGACUGGAAGUUUAGCGCAGGAUCCGUAUCGGCAGGCGAAUCGCAGUCGACUGCGAAACCACGAACCCCAUCCCGUAGCCGCUCUACUCGUCGAUACGUGCCGAAACCGAGAUCCCCUCAAACGAGCCGCAUGCCAUCGGUACACGAAGGUUUGGGUAAUGCUGCCACACAAAAGUUUUCGGCUGGUGAAUGGAGUGACAAGAUUGGAUCUCAACACUUUGAACCUCGGACUACGCGAAGCACUUCGACCUCCCCGACUCGCCGCACCAACGGAAAGAAGUCAAAGCCGGUCAAGAUGACCGCAGGUUCAGCUGGAAUGGUCGAGGACGAUGAUUGCGAAGGAUGGCAAGAAAUCCCUCCGACUUCCUUCGCUCCCGCACCGGCCAAUGCUGAUACUGCUACUGCCAUGGACAUUGAUUCACCUCCACUAGCAGAUGUUGAUGAGGCUUUGAAGAUGCCCCAGACCGGCGGUGCCCGUAAGAUUCCUGUUGAGCCUUACCGAGAGGAAUGGAGAGCCGGAGAUGUAAAUGGUGUGCGCACCAAGUCCACGAGCCCAGUUCAAGAGGCGAGUUCUACAAAGGAGCCGUUCACUCAGCCCGCUGUUCCCCAGCCAGCUUCUGUUCCUGCCACAAACCCCUUUACUGCACAGCAUGUCGGUUCGGAGGAUACUACAGAGUUCAAUACUAUGUUCUCCGAUUUCAAGAAUGUGGAGCCAUUUAAUGAUCCAGCCCCUAAAGGCCUUGGGAACUUUGGCGACCUGAAGUCUACGCUGCCUUUUGAGAGUCAGCCUUCGGGUCAGAUCCCGCUGGAAAAGGAAUAUCCGCCCAAGGUGGUUCCACUCGAAUUUCCAACUCCGCCAGUCGCUCCGCGACUUCCUCCGACGGUGGCUGUGGCAGGUAUUCGGCCCAAUCAAGUUCAGUUCCGCAAGUAUGCCCAGGAUUUCUACCAGUAUAUGGAUAAGUGGGAAGCGUUCAACGCCAAGAUCAUGCUGCAUUUCACCACCCGUCAGCAAAACUUCAAGGCCCGCCGUCAACAACAGGGAAGUGCCUGGCUCGACACGCGUCAAGCAGGCAAUGACAUGGCAUAUGAGUAUCUUAUAGAGCUGGGACAAGAUCAGGCCAUCCGCCAACAGUGGCUUAAUGCCUACGCAGAUCAUCAGACUAAAAUCUGCGAAUUCAUGAAGUUCAGAGAUCAGGUCAAAUAG